GAAAGACAUAUAACACAGCCAUGGAAAAGAACCCAGUGUUUGAGUUUCCAGACCAACCCUCCACGUCUGAAGUGUCUGAAGGCACAGCCCGAGGCAAUGCAAGGCCCAAGUACACCUCUGGAAAGAAAGUCCCUGGUCGAACAUGUGCACUAGCCACGUUUGCUGCUCUUGUAGUGCUGGCUCUGGUCGGAGUGAUCGCCAUUAUUGUGUUCAGACCCACGACAACUGAGUCUAAGACUGAGACCAGCGCAUCUAGUGAUCAGGUGGAACUGCUCGAACAAGAGAUGAAGAAUUUGAGGGAGCUCGUCAGCGAACAAGCUACUAAACAUGCUUCCAACAUUUCAUCAUUAAAGCAACUUUAUGGAAACGCAAUACAAGAAAUGCAACAACAGAUAAGUGACUCAAAUCAACAGCUACAGUUGAACUCAAAUCAAACGAUUCAAGAGGUUCAAAACCAACUGCACAAAACAAAUGAAGCCAUGCAACAACUGUUGAAUAACUCCAUUCAAGGCAUGCAGCAGAAACUGGUUCAGCUAACUGCUGCAGAUCAAAACAUUGAGGCUAAAAUCGAGAACACUACCCAGAUGCACAAUCAGAGGUACCUCGACUGCAAACAGACUGUUGUCUCUCUGAAUAAGCAGACACAGAGAAAUGUCAGCCAACAUAUCGAGCUACAGGCCACCAAGUGUUCAGAGGGAAUCAAUGCACUACAGCUGCAAGCAAACAACUCAAACACAGCAAUUCAAAUAAUGCAAAUGGACAUUAAAACUUUGGAAUCAAAUCUCACGGAAACAAGCACAAAUGUUGAAACUCUUGAAUACAAAUUUAGGGAGCUAAACGCAACAGAUAUUGAUCAAAGGGCAUUAAGUUGUGAAGGACUAUCCCCACCUACUAAUGGAGGUGUCAAUGUACAGGCUGGUCCAAACUCACUAACUUAUGGACUGGGCUCAGUGGCUACCUACUCAUGUGACCCAGGCUAUGCUCUAGUGGGACAGAGGACCAGGACUUGUCAGGACAAUAACGGAGGAACAGUCACCAUGGGAACAUGGAGUGGAGCACUACCACUUUGUCAAGAUAUACAUUGUUCGGAGCUUGCAACACCUAAUAAUGGAAAUGUGGUACUCAGUGACCCAGCUCUACUAGUGGGUACCAUAGCUACCUACAACUGUAACCAAGGCUACGUUCUAGCUGGUGAUACUACAAGAAGUUGCAAGGAGGGAAGUGACAGAACUAUCGGAACUUGGAACGGAACCAUGCCCAUUUGUGAAGUGAUCAUCAUAUGUCAGCCAUUGACUCAGCCGAGUAAUGGAGUAAUCAGUAUCUCUACUGGUACACACGGAGUGAACCUUGGUGUGGGAGCUAUAGCAACCUACUCCUGCAACAGUGGUCACGGACUAGUGGGACAAGCUAGCAGGACCUGUGUUAGUGGUGGGGGGAUUACUGGAACAUGGAGUGGAGCUGAACCAACUUGUGAAGAGAUACUUACUUGCCCCUCAAUAAGUCCCCCAACUAACGGAGCUAUCACAUUCACUCCUGGUGCUGACAACAGCAACAUUGGACUGGGCUCAGUGGCUACCUACUCCUGUAACCUCGGCUAUGUACUAGUGGGACACACCACCAGAGUGUGUCAGAGCUUGUAUGGGGGAGCUUCAGCAGCUUGGAGUGUAAACCCGCCGAUUUGUAGAGAGGCAGUCUACUGUCCUGUGCUAACGGCCCCUGGAAAUGGUAGUGUGACGGUCAGCUCUGGAUUCAACCCCCUCAGUGUGGGGUCAGUGGCUACCUACUCAUGUGACCCAGGAUACGCCCUCCUGGGAACCACCACCAGGAAUUGUGCGGACCCAGACAGUGACUCAGUGGGAACAUGGACUGGAGCAAUGCCAGAAUGUCAAGUGAUUUUUUGCGCUGAGUUAUCGUUUCCUGAAAACGGCACCCUUGUGAUCAGUUCUACUCUGCUUGGUGUGGGUACUACUGCCAGCUACACCUGUAACCAAGGUCAUGUUCUGGUUGGUGAUGUCACUAGGACUUGUCAGGACACUAGCGGAGGGACUGUUACUAUAGGAACAUGGAGCGGAAGUGACCCAACAUGUGCUGUACCCAACAGAGCUAUGAUAGAUUGUCAAGAUACAACAUGCCGAUAUGAACAGCUGGUGUGCCCAGAACAAGAUAACUGCACUGUAGAUUGCUAUGACUCAAGAUCGUACGCUUGCUUCCAGACUGACGUGUAUUGUCCGAGUGGGAGAGGAGAUUGUACGCUCAACUGUGACGACUCUUAUGCAUGUCUACAAGCUAACACAACAUGCCCUCAGGGAGACUGCAUUGUGAACUGCCUGAAUGACUACACAUGUUUGAGCUCAGCUUUUAAAUGCUCUGGAGACAACUGCAUCUUCAACUGUCAGAGACAAGAGUCGUGUUCUAAUUCAAACAUGGAAUGUGCCAGUGGCAACUGUACGGUAAAUGGCAGAGGUUUGAGUUCUCUUCGAUACUCAACAGUCUCCUGCUCACCAGAUGGACUAUGUGUUGUCAACUGUACUGGUGAUGGUGCUUGUCAAGACUCUCAACUCAUAUGUCCCAGUGAAGGAAACUGUUUGUUCAAUUUCCAUGGGGAGAACCGCUACACUGAUUAUAUUGGGAGGUCGACGACCAUUUCAUGCCAGGAGAACAGUACCUGCAGUAUCUCCUGUAGUGGUCGAGAUACAUCCAACGGCCGCCAAUGCUACCGCUCUCGCAUCGCCUGCCCCUCAGAGAGUGGGGACUGUAGUGUAGAGUGCAGUGGGUACUUUUCUUGCCAGUCUUCAACCAUUGUCUGUGGUCGUGGCAGAGAGUGUUUGAGUUGCAGCGGUCAGUACUCUUGCUACAGUGCAACCAUCACACUUCCUAACAUUGAUAGAGCCAGCUUAAAUUGCACUGGAUCCUACUCAUGCUACAGUGCAAGAAUAACCUGUCCAAUUAACAACGACUGUGCAAUAAAUUGCACUGGAUCCUCCUCAUGCCAGUACACAAGAAUAACCUGUCCAAUUAACAACGACUGUGCAAUAAAUUGCAGGAGCUCAUCCUCUUGCAGGUAUGCAACCAUCACACUUCCCAUCACUGAGACAGGCAGCUUAAGUUGUACUGGAUCUUCCUCGUGCCAGAGUGCCAGAAUAACGUGCCCGCAUAACAAUACCUGUAUGAUCAAUUGCGGUGGCCAAUCUUCCUGCACAAGUACAACCAUCACACUUCCCAUCACUGAGACAGGCAGCUUAAGUUGCACUGGAUCCUCCUCAUGCCAAAACACAAGAAUAUCGUGCCCGUAUAAUAACACCUGUACGAUAAACUGCAGCGGUCAGUCUUCUUGCAGUACUGCGACCAUCACUCUUCCUAACACUGGCACAGGAACUUUAAGUUGUACUGGCCAGUCCUCUUGCAGAAGUGCAACUAUUACACUUCCCAAUAUCGAUACAGCCAGCAUAAAUUGCACUGGUGGAAGCACAUGCCAGAGUGCAAGAAUCACCUGCCCAAACAACAACAAUUGUACGAUACAUUGUGACGGCCUGUACUCUUGUAACAAUGCCCGAGUGACCUGUCCCACUGGAGACCACAGCUGCAACAUCCUCUGCACUGACCCACUAUCCUGUCAAGGCUUGAGUAUCACGAACACUCACAACGUUUACCUACAAUGCUGCGGUGGUUUGUCCUGUGCCGGAACUACUGUCACCCCAUCCUCAACAGAGUGUCCGUACAUACACUAACUGAUUAACGAACUUUAUUUAUAGCUUAUAACUUACAGUCAAUAUUAGGACUAUUAGUGAACACAAAGUAGAACAUAGAAACUCAAGAUUGGGAUGAAUGUAUGUAUAUAGAGUAUAACAUGACAUGUAUUGUUUUUUAGAAUUGUCAUUAUAGCAUCUUUAUCAUGAAACUUUAUCUGCUGCAA